UCUCCUGGACGAGAGACAGCGGCCAGAACGGCCAAGCCGAUUCUAGGCGGGGGAGACGUCCCCGGACCAGCGAGCCACAUGGAGGCCAUCGCGAAGGACAUGCUCGUGGGUCGUCCCCGUAACGCGUACAUCCCGGUUCCAGAGAAAAGUGACGAACCACCAAAACGCCAGACAGCACCCAAGAGUCCUACACCGGUGAGACCCGGACAGCAACGGUGGCUUUGCGUGAUCUUGCUAUUAGGGCUCAUCGCCGAGGGGCGAGCCAACCCAGACUAUCACCCCCAUCAGCCAUUCAGGUGGGUCAUGCAGCAUCUUUCAAGUGACAAGGUGUUCAAAGAAAUCACCACGGCAGGCACCCCAUCCUUCGUGUUCCAUAUCACCGACCUGUUUCCAGGACGACCGAAACUACGACCCCAUCACCCGCACAUCAUGUACAUGUACCUGUCCUACUGGUGUCCAGCCUCCAACCCUGGGAAGAAGUACUGUAACUACCCGGGGUGGGGAUAUUGCGGGCACUGGGGCUGUGAAACCAUUGUCACAGAUGCCAGACCAUCGGGAGAAGGGUGGGAACCACAAGAGCCCGAUAGAUUCUUGCAGUUCACCUGGGCACCUACCGGCUGUAAAAAGCCCGCCUUCAAGGGAGGGGUCUAUGACAACUAUCAUACACAACCCAAAUAUCGGAAGUGCACGGACUAUAACAUGACGGUCCUGCAGCCAGAGCACCCUAGUUGGGCCACAGGCAGAACAUGGACGGUAGUCCUCAAGGGGCCAAAAGAGCUGGUCUCAUUUGUUCAAGCUCGCCUAGAACGGGCCAACAUCCUGUUCAUAGGCCGGCAACAAAUGCUGUGA